AUGGCUCGAUGUGGCAGCAUCGUACCGCUUAUCAUUAACGGCAAGGAUGUCCUCACCAACGAUCACUUCCCUGUCACGUCGCCAGGGACAGGCAAGCAUCUACACGACUCUUCAAACGCUACCGUGGCAGAAGCCCUGGACGCCAUUGGCGCCGCGUCCACAGCUUUUGAAACCUGGAAAGACAGCACGCCGCAGCAGCGCCGAGACAUAUUCCUUAAAGCUGCUGACAUCCUUGAAAGGCGUACUGCCGAGCUGGUCGAGUAUGAAGUCCAGGAAACUGGCGCCGAUGCAGGAUGGGCGAGCUUUAAUGUAUCCGCUGCAAAGGGAUAUCUCCUCGACGCUGCUGGGAAAACGGCGAGCGGCGAGGGCCGUGUACCGAUCACGCAGGAUCCCGCUCACGGGGCGCUGAUUUACUGGCCUUGGCCCCAUGGUAAGUACAUUAACAAGUACGCCGUAAUCCUGACGGACGUGCAACCAUCCAUGAGAAUCUACCACGAGGAGUCCUUUGGGCCGGCGGUUUCGUUGAUCCCCUACGAGAACGACGACGAAGCGCUGCGGAUCGCCAACGACACAGACUAUGGGUUGUCGUCAGCGAUCUUCACACGCGACCUGCGCAAGGCCAUCCGGCUUGCGAAGCGCAUCGAGACUGGGGCUGUCCAUAUCAACAACAUGACCGUUCACGAUGAGGUGGUUUUGCCACACGGAGGUGCCAAGUCUAGCGGGUUUGGCAGGUUCAAUACUGGGUUGGAGGAGUGGUUGCGCAUCAAGAAUAUUACCUUCGACACCUAG